GAUGAAGUAGAGCUGCAGCAAGAUGAAGAGAACCUUCCCUAUGAAGAAGAGAUUUACAAAGAUUCCAGCACCUUUCUUAAGGGUACUCAGAGCUUAAAUCCACACAAUGAUUACUGCCAACACUUUGUGGAUACAGGACACAGACCACAGAACUUCAUCAGAGAUGUUGGCUUAGCAGAUAGGUUUGAAGAAUACCCAAAACUUAGAGAGCUCAUCAGAUUGAAGGAUGAGCUGAUAUCUAAAUCUAACACUCCUCCCAUGUACCUACAAGCAGACUUGGAAGCUUUUGAUAUUAGGGAACUGAAGUCCAAAUUUGAUGUGAUUCUCCUGGAACCACCGCUGGAAGAAUACUACCGAGAGACUGGUAUUACUGCCAAUGAAAAGUGCUGGACUUGGGAUGAUAUUAUGAAAUUGGAAAUUGAAGAGAUUGCAGCCCCGAGGUCAUUUGUGUUUCUGUGGUGCGGUUCAGGCGAGGGUCUGGAUCUUGGCCGAGUGUGUCUACGCAAAUGGGGUUACAGAAGAUGUGAGGACAUUUGUUGGAUUAAAACAAACAAGAACAAUCCUGGAAAGACCAAGACUCUAGACCCUAAGGCUGUUUUCCAAAGAACCAAGGAGCACUGCCUCAUGGGCAUCAAGGGAACCGUGCGCCGCAGUACGGACGGCGACUUCAUCCACGCCAACGUCGACAUCGACCUCAUCAUCACAGAGGAGCCCGAAAUCGGCAACAUCGAGAAACCCGUGGAGAUUUUCCAUAUCAUUGAGCAUUUCUGCCUUGGACGACGGCGGCUGCAUCUUUUUGGAAGGGACAGUACAAUUCGACCAGGUUGGCUGACUGUAGGACCGACCCUCACAAACAGCAACUUCAAUGCAGAAACAUAUUCUUCAUACUUCACGGCUCCAAAUUCCCACCUGACUGGCUGUACUGAAGAGAUUGAGAGACUUCGGCCCAAGUCACCACCACCCAAGUCCAAGUCUGACCGGGGUGGUGGUGCUCCAAGGGGAGGGGGAAGAGGAGGGACUUCAGCAGGCCGAGGAGAAAGGGGCAGAGAGAGGAACAGAACUAACUUCCGGGGUGAGAGGGGUGGCUUCAGAGGGGGACGUGGAGGAACCCAUAGGGGAGGCUUCCCCACCCGCUGAUGACUGUUAGGUAACUGCGCCUUCCCUGCUCCUCUGCCUCACCUCUGAAUCUUUUUCUUAGCCUUGUUUUUGAUAAAGUGAAUUGUUCUAGGGACUCAAUCUAGGUGACUUUUGAAACUGUUGUUGGUGCAAGUAGUGACAGAGUCCUCCUUCCAGUGACCGGCCUGGCACGUCACCUCACCCGGCA